AUGGACAGUUUUUCGCCUUCCGAAUUCUCGCAAGAACCGCCGCAGUACUCUUCGAUGCCUUUGUCCUCUCGGACAGACUCUUCUAUCUUGGAAGACGGUGCGCCAACCGAAAGUUUCGCCACGGGCGAUAGCAGCUAUGUCCCACGCCCCAAGCGCAUCGCCUGCGUGGUCUGCCGUCGCAGGAAAUUGAGAUGCGACGGGAAGCGGCCAAGCUGUGGCACAUGCUCACGCUUGGGUCAUGAAUGCGCCUACGAUGAAGUGCGCAAGAAGAGUGGACCUAAGCGGGGGUAUGUGAAGCAGCUGGAGGCCCGACUAGCCCAGGUUGAAACUCUUCUUAAAGGCCAAGAUUCCGAUACCGCGCAGCGCACUUCCCCCCCUCAACCACAAGAGCAUUCAUUUACAGGAGCCUUUCAGGAUGACCCUAGUCUCCCACUGCCGGAUCUCACUAGCCUUGGAAAUAAUAUGAGUAAUGCAAUCCCUCCAUCAGCAAAUGGUCUGGAUACAUCUCAGGCGAGUCAAUUAUUCUUUCCGGAAACCAACAAUAUCCCGAGCGGCCCUCAGUGGGACCUGAUCAGUUUGGGACUGGAGGAACCUCUUCCAGCCCAAGACGCGAUUGAUGAGCUGGAGAGCAUUUUCUUUGAGAAAAUAUACCCAAUGAUGCCUAUCAUACACCGUCCUCGAUACUUCGCAAGCCUCAAUCUCGGCCCUAACCUACGACCACCCAUUUGCCUGCGCUACAUGAUGUGGUGCCAUGCCGCCUCAGUUACAGACAAGUACUUCUUUCUGCAUACUCAUUUUUACCAAAGGGCUCGCAAGUAUGCCGAGACGGACGAAAUGAAAGGAUUCGGAGAGUCCAUCAUUACUCUCGGGCAUUGCCAAACCUGGAUACUCAUUGGCAGCUACGAAUUCCGAAUGAUCUACUUCCCGCGCGCAUGGCUGAGUGUUGGCAAAGCUACUAGACUGGCGCUUAUGAUGGGUCUCAAUCGACUAGACGGCUCAGGGAUUGAUGUGAAACAAUCCAUGCUUCCACCCAAGGAUUGGACGGAACGUGAAGAGAGAAGGAGAGUGUUUUGGAUGGCUUUUUGCACUGACCGAUAUGCAAGUAUCGGAACUGGAUGGCCCCUGGUCAUCGAUGAACAUGAUAUCAUGACAAACCUCCCGGCUGCUGAAGAGUCAUUUUUGAAAAGCAAACCACAACGCACACUUCGGCUGGCAGAUAUUAUCAGCGGCGAGGGGGUGUCCACAUUGGCUCCAUUUGCCUGUGUGGUGGUUUUAGCAAAUCUCUUUGGCAGGAAUUUGACCCACAUUCAUCGGCCUCAGCCAUCAGAUAACGAUCACGACCUCAAUGGGGACUUUUGGAAGAGACAUCGGAGCCACGAUAAUAUUCUACUUCACAUUGCACUUUCUUUGCCCGAACACCUUCGACUUCCGUCUGCUACGGAUGAUGUGAAUGUCAUAUUCGCCAAUAUGAGUAUACACACCUCGACAAUUUGUCUCCAUCAGGCUGCAAUCUUCAAGGCCGAAAAGAACAGAAUGCCUAAUCAAAUUAUUACCGAGAGCAAGCGCCGAUGUCUUGUGGCAGCGAACCAGAUAUCUAGCAUCAUGAAGAUGGUCAGCCACGUUGACUUGACCAUUUUGAAUCCUUUCAUGUCCUUCUGUCUUUAUAUCUCAGCCAGGGUUUUUGUCCAGUACAUCAAGUCUCGGCCUGACGACUCAGCGGUGUAUUCUUCACUGCAAUUCGUUGUUGGGGCGCUCAAUGCCAUGAAAUCAAAGAACCCUCUAACGGAAUCAUUCCUCAUUCAGCUAGAUGUGGAUCUUGAGGGCACUGGAAUACAGUCUCAGGUCUCAAAAUCUGGUUCAGCUUAUGUCCAUCAAGCGAUGCAGACGGUUUGUGGUGAUGCAGUUGAGUGUGGGCCUAUCUAUAAGAUUCGUGAAUCACAGCGAAGUGAAAUACCCCCAGGCCCCCUGCCAAAUCCUACAAGCACCGCCAAUUCCAAUCGGGCCCCUGCUGGAACAGCUACAUCUCUUCCCAGUCGGCACCGAGAAUCAGCAAACGUUGAUUCAAACCAUCCCACGGGCCUUGAUCAAAUCCACUACUAUCACAACCACAACCAAAUGCGACAUCCCGGCGUUAAUGGUGACGCUGGCGUUCCAGGAAUUAUUACAGAUGUCGAUAUGGACUUCUCACCAGACUUCCUUGGGGAGAGGAAUCCACCCUCUGAUCACCCCACGCCCUCGACAUUGAAUUCAUCUUCAAAUACCUCCUACUCAAUUUCAGGAACUGAUAACCCAUCCCCCGGAAAGAAGCAACAAAAUGCCGGAACUGUCCACCCCGGAAAAAGCUCUGGUACCAUCCACAUAUCUCCGACAAGCACAGAAUCCCCGCAUAUUCCAGAUAUGAACACGAGGCCUGGACAGGCCAAUGCGUUCGACAUCCCUCCUGCAUGGGAUCUGCCCACGCCAAAUCCUGACAUGAGCAAUGUGGACUUCAACGUGAAUUUGAAUUCGUUGAGUGAGGCUCAGUGGGCACAGAUUUUGAACAACAAUGCAGGCGGAACUGGAUGGGAUAGCUGGCGCCCAUCAUGA